AUGGACCGUUUGGACUUGCUUGGGUUCCUCAUCAUCACGUUAAACUGCAAUGUGACUAUUGUGGGAAAGAUCUGGCUUAUCUUCAUGAUCCUGCUGAGGAUGGUGGUGAUCAUUGUGGCUGGGUCCCCCGUUUACCAGGAUGAGCAGGAGAGGUUUGUGUGCAACACUCUGCAGCCAGGGUGCGCCAAUGUCUGCUAUGAUGUUUUCUCCCCAGUGUCCCACCUACGCUUCUGGCUGAUCCAAAGCCUGUCUGUUCUCCUCCCUUCUGCGGUUUUCACUGUCUUUGUGCUGCACAAAGGAGCCCAGCUCGCCACCUGGGGACCCUGUGGGACAGAUGGUGGUUCAGGGAGCCAGGACCUCGCAGAUCUGAGCCCCAGGGAUAGGCGCUGCCCUCUGCACUGCAGGGAGGGGCGCAGCCUAGUGGUGCCAGACUUUUCCUCCGGCUACAUUGUGCACCUCUGUGUUCGGACCCUGGCAGAGACAGCUUUUGGGGCCUUGCAUUACCUCCUCUUCGGAUUCUCUGUCCCCAACAGAUUUUCCUGCGCCCACUCUCCCUGCUCUGGCGCGGUGGAUUGCUACAUCUCUCGGCCCACGGAGAAGUCCACGCUGAUGCUCUUCCUCUGGGCACUCAGCGCGCUCUCUGUGCUGCUCAGCGUGGCUGACCUGCUCUGUAGCUUGGGCAGGAGGACGCCAAGGGGGCCGGGACCCGCCGAGGGCCCCCGGGAAAGGAGGCCGGACCCCGUGGUGCUGGAUAGGCCCGGGGAGGAGAGGCUGUGGCUAGCACACUCAGGCCUGUGCACCAGAGGGCACGGGGCCCACAGCCCCAGUGGUCAGAGGGCUGUGUCGGGGCGGAUGGAGCUUCCAGAGGAUGAGAGUGAGGGGCUGUCCUUUGCCAGCGACAAGCUCUCCAGGGCUUGCACAGAGCCUGGGGUCAGGCCCCACGCAGAGGCCCCCCCGGACUCUGGAAGUGAUCAUCUCUCAAAGCCCCGCCGUCUGCUGGCCCCGCACCGCCCGUCCAGUCCCUGGCAGCCCGCAGCCCGCCAGGCUGGCGCUGGGAGCGCCCCUCUCCUGGGGACCCGAAGGUCUGAGUGGGUGUGA